AUGGGACAGACUGUGACGACACCUUUGGACUUGACCUUGAAGCAUUAGACUGAAGUUAGGGCCAGAAGUAGAGACUUAUCUGUACUAAUAAAGAAAAGACCCUGGCAGACUUAUUGUGCCUCUGAGUGGCCAUCUUUAGGUGUAGGCUGGCCAUCAGGGGGCACUUUUGAUGCAGGAAUAAUAUUGCUCAUUAAAGAUAUUGUUUUCUAGGCUGGACUCGGAAGAUAUCCUGACCAGCAACCCUACAUUGUGGUCUGGCAAGACCUCAUCCUGAACCCCCCACCUUGGGUAAAACCUUGGGUACAUCGGCCGACGAAAUGGCCUGUCACUCAAGUUUUCUCUCUAAAGGAGGCCCCAUCAGACAAAGAUGAAAGGGCUUCCGGAAUCCAGCCUCGCCCACGGAUAUACCCAGAGAUUGAGGGGCCCCCGACCUGGUCAGAACCCCUUCCUCCCCCUUAUCCACAAGCCCCUGCCCCUCCCGAGCCUAUUGCAGAGCCCUCAGCGCCUUCCGGGGAAAUUCACGGACCUGCUUUGGGGACAAGAAGUCGGAGAGCAGUUUCCCCUGGGGCACCUGAUUCCACAGUAGCCCUCCCGAGAGCUUAUGGGCCACCUCCCCCUGAGGGUCCUAAUGGUCAACCUGCGGCUCUGCAGCCGCUUCAUUAUUGGCCAUUCUCCUCCUCUGACCUGUAUAACUGGAAGACUAACCACCCUUCCUUUUCUGAGGAACCACAGAGAUUGACGGGUCUUGUGGAGUCCCUUAUGUUUUCUCAUCAGCCCACCUGGGAUGAUUGCCAACAGCUGUUGCAGACGCUGUCUACCACUUAGGAACGAGAGCGCAUUGUUUUAGAGAGCAGAAACAAUGUUCCUGGGGCUGAUGGGAGACCCACCCUGAUGCCCAACCUCAUUGAUGAUGCUUUCCCCUUGGGCCGACCGGAUUGGGAUUACAACACCACCGAAGGUAGGGAGUGACUGAAAGUCUAUUGCCAGACUCUAGUGGCGGGUCUCAAGGGAGUGACGAGACCCCCGACCAAUUUGGACAAGGUAAGAAAGAUUACUCAAGGGAAGAUGGAACCGCCUUCAGUAUUCCUGGAAAGAUUAAUGGUUGCUUUCCGGCGGUAUACCCCCUUUGACCCAGAAUCGGAGGGACAGAGAGCUUCCGUAGCCAUGGCUUUCAUAGGACAAUCAGCUCAGGAUAUUAGAAAGAAGCUUCAGCGAAUUGAGGGAUUACAAGAUUAUACUGUACGAGAUCUGGUAAAGGAAGCCGACAAGGUGUAUCAUAAGAGAGAGACAGAGGAAGAAAGAGAACAGCGGAGAGAAAAGGAAAGAGAGGAACAAGAGAAGGAAAGAGACAGAAGGAAGGAAAAGGACUUGGCUAGGAUCUUGGCUGCAGUCAAGGAAAAAAAUUAUAAGGGUUGAGAAAAUAAACCAAGGCAGACAGGGUUCCUGGGCAACAGAAGACCACUAGACAAAGAUCAAUGUGCGUAUUGCAAGGAAAAUGGACAUUGGACUAGAGAAUGCCCUAAGAAAAAGGGAGGACCUCCUAAGAUACUGGCCUUGGGAGAGGAAAACAACUAGGGGGGAUGGGGCUCGGAGCCCCUCCCCGAGCCCAGUAACCCUAACCCCGAGCCCAGGGUAACCCUAACUGUGGAGGGGCAACCUGUGGAGUUCCUAGUUGACACUGGGGCACAACACUCUGUUUUAUUGCACCCCUUGGGAGAUAUAAAAGAAGAGAAAUCCUGGGUAAUAGGAGCUACAGGGCAUCAACAAUAUUCAUGGACUACUAAAAGAAGAGUAGACUUAGGAAUAGGCCAAGUGACUCAUUCCUUUCUGGUGAUCCCCGAGUGCCCAGCCCCUUUGCUCGGGCGAGAUCUGCUCACCAAGAUGGGGGCCCAAAUCACUUUCUCCCCUGAGGGCCCCAAAUUAGAAGCUAAGGGGCCAGUUAUCCUUCUAACCCUAUGGCUGGAGGACGAACAUCGGCUUUAUGAGGUGCCACCUUCACCAGAAACUAACAUAGAGCAUUGGCUAUCAAAAUUUCCCCGGGCAUGGGCUGAAACUGCGGGGAUGGGACUAGCCCUCCAAGCUCCACCAAUCCUGAUAGAAGUAAAGGCAAACUCUGAACCGAUCACAGUCCGGCAGUAUCCUAUGAGCCUUGAGGCCCAACGGGGGAUCUGGCCCCACAUCCAGCGCCUCUUAGAAUUAAGAAUUUUGAUGCCCUGUUGUUCAGCAUGGAAUACCCCUCUCCUACCAGUCCAAAAGCCAGGCACAAAAGACUUUCACCCUGUACAAGAUCUUAGGGAAGUUAAUAAGCGAGUGCAAGACAUUCACCCCACCGUGCCUAACCCUUAUAACCUAUUAAGUUCUCUCCCCCCUGACCGAAUCUGGUACACUGUUUUAGACCUUAAAGAUGCUUUCUUCUGCCUAAGAUUACAUCCUGCCAGUCAACCUGUUUUUCCCUUUGAGUGGAGGGACCCAGAGAAUGGUCAAGCGGGACAAUUGACCUGGACACGGUUACUCCAAGGAUUCAAAAAUUCGCCUACUCUAUUUGAUGAGGCCUUGCACCGAGAUCUUGCACCUUUCCGUGCUGACAACCCCCAGGUAACUCUCCUCCAAUAUGUAGAUGAUCUGCUCCUGGCCGGAGCCACAGAAGAAGACUGUCUAUCGGGAACUGAAAACUUGCUGACUGAAUUGGCGCGUCUAGGAUACCGAGCCUCAGCAAAGAAAGCACAGCUCUGUAAAAGAGAGGUAACCUACCUGGGAUAUAAUUUAAGAAAUGGACAACGCAGGCUGACAGAGGCCAAAAAGAGAACUGUGACCCAGAUUCCCAUCCCAAAAACUCCGCGGGAAGUCAGAGAAUUUUGGGGGACUGCGGGGUUCUGUGGGUUAUGGAUUCCUGGUUUCGCCAAUUUAGCAGCCCCCCUUUACCCUCUGACUAAGGAAGGCGCCCCCUUUACUUGGCGACCCCAAAAACAAGAAUCCUUUGACAACAUCAAGCAGGCCUUGUUGUCUGCUCCAGCUCUCAGUCUACCUGAUCUAACUAAGCCCUUUACCCUGUUUGUUGAUGAGAAAAGGGGAAUUGCAAAAGGAGUGUUAACCCAAACUUUGGGACCUUGGAAAAGGCCAGUGGCCUACCUGUCAAAGAAACUGGACCCAGUAGCACAGGGGUGGCCUGUCUGCUUAAAAUCAAUAGCUGCCAUUGCCACCUUGGUGAAAGAUGCUGAUAAACUAACUAUGGGACAACAAUUAACUGUCAUAGCUCCCCAUGCCUUAGAGAGCAUUAUCCGACAGCCUCCAGACAGAUGGCUGUCCAAUGCCCGGAUGGUUCAUUAUCAGAUUCUGUUGCUGAAUGAAAGAAUCCAGUUUGCUCCUCCAGCUAUUCUCAAUCCCGCUACCCUGCUGCCUGAUGUCACCGAGGAACGGGUGAUACAUCAAUGCCACGAGAUCUUGGCUGAAGAGGCUGGGUCCAGGAAAGACUUGACUGACCAACCCUGGCCUGGAGCUCUCACAUGGUUCACUGAUGGAAGCAGCUACAUCGUGGAAGGUAAGCAGGUAGUGGGAGCGGCAGUGGUAGAUGGCACUUCAGUGAUCUGGGCCAGUAGUCUACCUGAAGGGACUUCAGCCCAAAGGGCAGAACUAAUCGCCCUUACCCAGGCCCUCCGAUUGUCAGAAAAGAAAGAUAUCAACAUCUAUACUGACAACCGAUAUGCAUUUGCCACGGCGCAUAUACAUGGAGCCAUAUAUAAACAAAGGGGACUCUUAACUUCGGCUGGAAAAGAAAUAAAAAAUAAAAAGGAAAUACUGGACCUCUUAGAAGCCAUACAUUUGCCAAGAAAAGUGGCAAUUAUCCAUUGCCCGGGACACCAAAGAGAAACCAAUCCUGUUGCCAUCGGAAACCAACAGGCAGAUAUACAGGCAAAAAGAGCCGCUCAAGGCAUUAAUAUCCUCCCUCUACAGGAAGACCUAGGGACUGCAACUACCAAGUUCACCUAUUCUGAGAAAGACUUACAGGGGAUAAAUGACUUAGGACUCUCAGAACCUCAGCCAGACGGGACUUAUGUCCUGCCCAAUGGAAAGACCGUCCUACCAAUGGAAGAGGCCAAAACUUAUCUUCAACAACUACAUGGGCUCACUCACUUAGGGGCCAAACAUCUAAAGAAGAUAGUUCAGACUUCCCCAUAUUAUAUUUAUAAUCUAUCUGAGCUAGUUGAUGAAAACAUCCAUCAAUGUAUACGCUGCCAGCUGGUAAAUGCCUAUCCUUCUAGGCAUCCCCUGGGAAAAAGAUUGCGAGGGGACAGGCCUGGCAGCUAUUGGGAAGUCGACUUCACUGAAAUAAAGCCUGCUAAAUAUAAUAAUAAAUACCUUCUAGUUUUCAUAGAUACUUUUUCAGGAUGGGUAGAGGCCUACCCCACGAAAACAGAAACUGCUACUAUUGUGACAGAGAAGAUACUCGAAGAGAUCUUCCCAAGGUUUGGCAUCCCUAAGGUAAUUGGUUCAGACAAUGGACCAGCAUUUAUUGCCCAGGUAAGUCAGGGACUAGCCAAGGUCCUGGGGUUUAAUUGGAAAUUGCACUGUGCUUAUAGAUCCCAAAGUUCAGGUCAAGUAGAGAGGAUGAAUAGAUCAUUAAAAGAGACCUUGACCAAAUUGUCCUUAGAGACUGGCAUUAUAGACUGGACGGUCCUCCUACCCCUUGCUUUGUUCCGAGUACGGAAUACUCUGGGAAAAUUUGGUUUAACCCCUUUUGAAUUGCUUUAUGGAGCCCCUCGUCCUUUAAUAGGAGUUGGUAACUUGACAGAUCCAAAUGUUGUCUCUUCUAAACCUCUUUAUGGUAGAUUAAAAGCCCUUGAAACUGUCCAGCGCGAAGUGUGGCAACACCUGAGAGAAGCUUAUGCUCCAGGAGACCUCCAAGUUCCUCAUCAAUUUCAAGUCGGGGACUCCGUCUACAUCCGCCAUCAUUGGGCAGGCAACCUAGAGCCUCGUUGGAAGGGACCUUUCCCGGUAUUGCUGACCACUCCCACCACCGUCAAAGUCGAUGGAAUAUCAGCUUGGAUCCAUGCUUCCCAUGUCAAACCGGCCCCCCCACCGGCCCCAGAAUGGAGACUGGAAAAGACUUCUAACCCCUUCAAAUUUAAGGGUGAGAUAGACCCUUAAUGUCUCUUGAGACUAAGCUUCUCAAAUUUGUGUGGACCUAACAA